UUUCAGUUCAGCUGACACACACACAAACUGCGUACUAAUUCACUAACAUAAGAUCAUCUUUCGUCGAGGCUGAGAGGAGGUCGCCUUUAAUAACGGCGCAACUAUCAGGACGAAGGAUGCCUUGCCAAUAACAAGAAUCAACAACACUCCAGGAUUCUCAACAGGACCCUCAACAGGACCCUCAUCGACAGGAGACUAUCUCUCUCAGCAGGAUAUUCGGAAAAAUGCUUUCGAAGAUCUGCCUUAACCCUACGACAUUUGCUUUCUUCACCCUGGUUACUACCACUGUACUGUCGCAGUUCGUACAGUUAGAAGAUAAAAAGAAAGGCACGGAAUUGAUUUUCGACAUCAACGAUGAACACAAGGCUCAAUAUUUGAAUCAAAAUUUUUAUUCGAAUGUAUAUAACUACGGUUACGAGGUGAGCCCUAAUGGACAAUUUCAUCAUGAAGUACACGGACCGGACGACAUUACAUAUGGAUGUUAUGGCUACGUGGACCCUUUGGGAAAAUUAAAAACAACAUUUUACAUAAGCGAUGGAUGGGGAUACAGAGUAGUCAAGCCUGGACAAAAUGUAGAAUUAUUUGUUCAUGAACACGAACAUCAUGAGGAUAGCCAAUCGGAAAAAAAUAACAACGAUGAUCGUCAUGAUCAUCACGGCAUUCUAACUGCUUGGAAUAAAUUACAUUUUCCACCCAUAUGUGCACAAUUCGAAGAGACGAAUAAUAAUCCUAAUAUCGUACUACUCCCAGAUCAUGGAACAUCUAAGACUCCGGGAAUUCCUGAAAUACAUAAACACCCCGUCAUUCCGGGCACACCAGAAACACCAUCUCGGCCUAUACACCCUGAAAAACCAGAAGCUCCGAGUGUUCCAGGAAGACCAGAACAUCCUGGCAUUCCAACAUCGUCAAAAACUCCUGUCAACCCAAAAGGAUCAGAAGUACCGGAAACACAUAGGACACCAUCACAUCCCGAAUACCCUGAAAAACCGAACAUACCUGAAAUUCCUAGCACUCCGAAAAUCCCAGGAAGACCAAGAGUUCCUAAUAUUCCGGAAAUACAUAGGACACCAUUGCAUCCCGAAUAUCCUGAAAAACCGAACAUACCUGAAAUUCCUAGCACUCCAGAAAUCCCAGGAAGACCAAAAGUUCCUAACAUUCCGGAAAUACAUAAAACACCAUCGCAUCCCGAAUAUCCUGAAAAACCGGACAUACCAGAAAUUCCUAGCACUCCGAAAAUCUCAGGAAGACCAAGAGUUCCUAACAUUCCGGAAAUACAUAAGACACCAUCGCAUCCCGAAUAUCCUGAAAAACCGAACAUACCAGAAAUUCCUAGCACUCCGAAAAUCCCAGGUAGACCAAGAGUUCCUGACAUUCCAGAAACACAAAAAACACCGUCACAUCCUGGAUUCCCUAGAGAACCAGCAAAACCACUGGUUUUUAAUACUCCAGACUUACCAAAAAAAUCAUUUUAUCCAGAAUAUCCAAGCACAUCUGGAACGUCCGUCACUCCUGGGAAACCAUUCCAACCUCCAUACAGCGACACAUCAAGAACUCCUAUUAUUAUAGAAAAACCAUCACAACCUGUACUUUCUCCUCUACCAGACAAUUUUAAUAUUUCUGAUAAACCAGAAUCUCCUGGAACUUUUAAUAUUCCUAACACACCUGAAAAGUCUGGAACCUCUGACGUUCCAGGAAUAAUAGGAACCCCAUUGCACCCUACAUAUCCUAGCACAUCCAGGAUUUUUGGUUCCCCAGGUAAAGAAGAUAUUUUUGGUACUCCAAGCUCAACAGAAACACCAUCGCAUUUUAGAGACCCUGACACACCAGGAACUUCUGGAAGCUUAGGAACACCAAAAACAUUAAAAAUAUUACCACAACCUGUAUAUGCUGAUACGCCAGAAAAUUCUGAUACAGGGGGAACUUCAUAUACUCAAAAUAUGCAAGACAAUUCUGAUGGAAAUGUAUCACCACAUUCUUCUACCUCUGGUACAUCAAAUAUUCCAGAUACUACAAGUGGACAAAGUAAUUCUGAAAAAGAAGGAUCACAAUCUUCUGUAUAUCCAGGAACCCAAGAAAAUCUACCAUUUACUGCAAGUUCGAGAACACCAGGAACAUCAUUUCAUCCAGUGUACUCCAGCAUGCAAUCGGCUCCUGGUAUUGCAGAAAAACCUGCGAAAACACCAACGAAAGCAUUAUCGCAUCCUCUAUAUCCUGACAUACAAUCAUCUUCAAAUAUUGCAAAACCAGUAGAAAAAACAUCACAUUUUGCACAUUCAAAUACUCCAGAGACUUUUAGUACUCCAUAUAGAUCAAGACAAUAUCAACCUGGGCAAUACAGCGAACAUACCGUAACAAGUUCUUCUAGUACUCUAGAUAUUUCUGGUCAGUCUGGACCAUCAGGAAUACAAUCUAAAUUUGAAUACUCUAGCGCAAAAGAAUCUCCUGAUACAACAUCAGAUGGACAAGAUACUUYUAAACAUCRUGACAUAUCAAAAACAGAAWCGUAUUCUGGAUAUUCUGUCAUACCGGAUGCUUCUUCCUCUUCAAGUAAAGCAAGCUCUUUUGAAGAAUUUGUUGCACCAGAUACUACUGAUAAUCAAAGGAAGCCAUGCUUUACUGGACAUUCAAGAACAUCAGAAACACAAUCGCGUCCUAAAGAGUCGAGUGAACCAGGAACCCAUAGAUUUCCAGGUAGACCAAGAUAUCCUGGACAAUAUGUCAAAAAUACCUUAACAAAUCCUUCUAGUACUGUACACAUUUCUGGGCAGUCUGGAUCAUCAGGAAUGCAAUCUAAAUCUGAAUACUCUAGCGCAAAAGAAUCUCCUGAUACAACAUCAGAUGGACAAGAUACUUCUAAACAUCGUGACAUAUCAAAAACAGAAUCGUAUUCUGAAUAUUCUGUCAUACCUGAUGCUGUUUUACCUUUUAAAAAAGCAAGAACGAAUGAAAAACUUGUUAUACCAAAUACUUCUAAUACUUUAAAUACUUCUGGACAGUCUGUCCCAUUAAGAACUCAACAAAAACCUAAAUACUCUGAUCGAGUAGAGACUUCUAAUAUAUCAAAUGAGCAAGAUACUUCUAUACAUCGUGGCAUAUCAGAAACAGAAUCACAUUCUGGAUAUUCAGUCAUACCUGAGACUACUGUACCUUUUAAGGAAAGAAGAAUUGAUGAACAUGAUAGAACAAGGAUUUCUCUAAAUAAAUCAGACUUUUCUGGAGAUUUUGGUGACUCUGGAAGAAAACAACAUGUUGAAUAUCUUGGCACAUCAGGUACUCUUAAAGAACAGAACAUAUCAGACUAUCGAUCAUUACCAUCACGUGCAAAUUAUCCUGGAACUUCUGGCUAUUCAUCAACUUAUCCCAGCAUUUCGGUAACAAGCAGAAGAACAGGCUUAUUUAAACUUACGGGAAAACUGGAAAACAUGCUUCUUAGAAGACCAAGUCAUCCAAUUCGUGGUGGAUAUCCUUCUUAUCCCAAUGGACCCGAGGGCCCUGUUGGUCCAACAGGACCCAUUGGUGAUAUAGGUGGUAUUGGAGAUGUCGGUGGUGAAGGUGAACCAGGCCCUAAUGGUCCAUGGCCAACUGGAUCUCCAGGACCUGAUGGGCCUUGGCCUGGUGAUCCAAAAUAUUACCCAGAUACAAUUCCUCCCGAACAAUCGCGAUAUCGUAAUCCUGUGAAAAUUUUAAGCCUGAAAUCUUAUACACCCGUUAAUACUAAUCUAUCGAUAAAAACUAGUUUUCCAAGACAAAUGAAUUUAAAAUCAUUUAUAAAAUCAAACUCCAAUUUUACCGGUGCGAUAAAUAACGGUGAAUUGUCAGAAAUUUCAUCUCCUAUCAAAGUAAGCGAAAUCGUUGAUAUUGAUCACAGCAGAUUUAAAAUGCAAAAGUAUGAACAUUUUAACGAAUUUGAUAUUUAUCAAGAAAAUAUCAACCAUAAUGCGAAAGCAAUUAAUUCAUUAAUGCAUGAUACAUUGAAAACGUCAGAUCAUUUAAAAUACACCUUUUCAAAAAAUAAGACGGAUAAUUUAGAAAAACAUGAAACUACUGAUACAAAUGUUAAGCCUUACGGAUUAAGAACUGAAAAUAAAGAAAAUAGUCGAUACGAGGUAACAGAGGAUACUAGCCUAGACGAAGAACCAGAAGCUAAUUUUGAACAAGUUCCUGUUAAUCAUCAGAAACAUUAUCGAAAAGAAUUUCAGUAUCUUGCCAAUCAUUCUUAUGAAUUUCAAGACAUUAUUGAAGGUCCACAAAAUCAACCUUAUAAAAUAGACCAUCAAGGGAGUCGACUUAUAGUGCAUACGAAAUUCGAUAAACACGAGGAAAACGGAAGAGGUGAAAAUAUUGAUUCCCCCGAAGAACGAACUGUUGAACUCAUAAAACAGGUAAAUACGUCGUCCGAAGGAGAACGUGCGGAUCAUAGUAUCACUGCGACAGGAGUUCAACCACCACAUCCAAUUAAUAUUAAAUCAUUUUCAUCAUCAGUAGAACCAAAUCCACAAGCUUGUCCUUGUUAUUUAGUUGAUUCGUAUAAGGAACACGAUAUCAUUAGUAGUACAGCAAGCACUCCUCUCAUUGGUCAGCUUGGAUUCAUCCCGGUGAUUUUCGUACCGUAUUGUCCCGAUAACAAAGCAAAUAAUUAUAAAAUAAAACUCAUGUAUCCCUCAGCAGCAUCCGUUCCAUACGCAUGCAACGCAUGUAACACAUCGGGUGGAAAUAUCGAAACAAAGCUUAUUGGCUUGGAUCAGCUUAAUAAUAUUGAAAAUUUAAAGGAUAUUUUGAGUCAGGCCAAUCUUGGAUUUUUAAAUGUUCCAGUCAAAGCCGUACCUGAAAGGAGAAAAAUCAGAAGCAGGAAAAUAGUAUGAAGGAUCUAGUAAAAUUAUAUCUAACUAAUGAUAACACAACAAAAUAAUAUUGUUUUUUUUUUUUACCGGGGAUAAGAAAGAAAUAUUCCGCCUCCUGUAAAAAAAUGAAAUAUGGGAUAUUGAAAUUGCCCAUUCGCCAGCUGCAGGUCAGCUAAUAAAUGAUCGAUUUGAUGGUAUUGAAACUUAAACAUGGCUUCAUGUGCAAGAAUCUUUAAGAAUGCAUGUCGACUGAUCAACUCAUGUACAUAUUUAUACAUUCAACGACUGACUAUGAUUAUUCGUGCAUGGAACAUCAAGAAACAUGUAAGUCGUUUGUAGAUUAAAAUAUUUUUCUCAAGUUGACAAUCUUUUUGGCAAUUACUUUUUGUCUUGAAUAUUUUACAAUAAUCACAUCUAAUGAAUACAAUGCUUAAAUACAAACUUUGCUCUACGGACUAUUUUUUUGUUGAACGUUUUAAAAUAAUACACGAUAAUGAAGUUAUUCCGCAAGCCAUAUACAAUUUCAGUCAUGCAUGUAUUCAGUGCGCUUGAUCAUAUUUUUAGACAUGUAUGCAAAUGCAUGUUGAUUAACGAACAUUAAUUAAUAUACAUAUAUGCGUGUGAAACAACGUUAUUUAUAA